AAGAUGAAGCAAAGGAGAAAUUCUAUUCAUCAUCUCGACACUGUUGGUCUCCCAUUCCAUUUCGGGCAGAAUUGGCAGCUGACUUUUCACACACACACUGACACACUCAUAUAUAUAUAUACAAUGUAUGCGAAAAUUCAAACAAUCAGCAUUGCUCGAAACCUAGUGUGCGGUGGCGCUGCUAGAGCAAUCGGAAAAUCAUUUUCAUCGAGGAACAUGGCAACCGCCACGACUGCAGCACAUGAGAAUCUUCUCACCGUCGGCAGUAAAAUCAUCGCCGUCGGCCGUAACUACGCCGCUCACGCCAAAGAACUCGGUAACGCCGUACCUAAGGAGCCAGUGUUGUUUAUGAAGCCCACAUCGUCGUAUUUGAUGAAUGGAGGGACAAUCGAAGUUCCUCAUCCAUUGGAAUCACUGGAUCACGAGGUGGAGUUGGCAGUUGUCAUCAACCAAAGAGCUAGGGAUGUACCUGAAGCCACCGCUAUGGACUAUGUUGGAG